CUCCGAUGAUGCUUCCCUUUGGCAUGGGUUUUUUCUUUUUAAUUUAAUCAUUUACUAAAACUAAUCAAUAAGUGCAUUGAGUAAGAUUGUAAUUUAUUUUCCAUAUUGAAUACACCAGUGAAAGAGAAUGCAAUGUAGUUGAAAUAUGUUUCCUGCAACGCAGUAGGGUAAGUAAGGUUAAUGGUAAGGGGUUGAGAUUUAAAGUGGUACUUGAAAAGUUGUUCAGUCGUUUUGCUCCUAAGUUUUUAUUGCCAUAUACAGGACCAAUCGAUGCUAGCCACUGUAUAAAGUCAUUGAAAUAAAAAUUAUAAAGAAGCAAACAAUGAAACCGGAAGCUGGUGAAUUACUUGCAGUUGAGAACACAUUGGAGAUAAAUAACAAUUCAGCCGAACAGAACUCUUCGUUUAAGUAUUCUGGUGAAAGUGGAGACAAUGAGAAUAAUACAAGCAACAUAGAAGUUUGUUCCCCUUGUAUUGUUAAGCCACCAACACAUUUCCAUCAUCCAGAAUACAUCAAUGAAGUUUUAGAUAAUGAAAAACAAAAAAUGGUUGUUGGUUCACGACAAAUCACUAACAUCCACCCGGAAACUGGAAUCGAUAGAACUUCAUUAAUUGAUGAUUCAAAUAUUCAACCAUUUGCUGUAUCAACUAAAAAUUGGUGUUUGUGUUGGUAUUCACACUGGAAAGAUAAGGAAGACAUUGAGCAAUUGCAGAACGAGAAGAGGAGAAAAGAACAGAGAAAAAGAAAAAAUGAGGAAGAAGUUUUGAAAUUACCCUGUAGUUUGGGGAAAAUGGUUUUAAAAGAACAAGACAAUUUGGAAGCUUUGCAAGAACGUCAAACAUUGGAUCCAAGAUUAGCUUCAAGAUCACCUGGAGCAAAUGACCCACUUUGUUCAAAACCAAGAUACAACAGUCCAAUACACUCAUCUCCGUCACGAACAUUGAGAGAAGCUCGAGAAGUCGGAACAAGUUUUCAAAAUUUACUGUCACAGGAUACUAAAGCCGAUGGCAGUUUUACUUCGAAUGAGGAUCAGUUUGAGAAUAGCACUUUUAUUUUGGUCAAUCAAGAACAUAAGAUGACAAAGGGCCAAUCAAUGCCUGAAAUAACUGGAAAAAUAAAGAUAUUUCCCUAUCACAUACUUGCUACAACAAAUCGAAGACUUCCAAGAGGAGUUGAUCGAACCCAACUAGAGAGACAUCUGGCUAUCAAAGAAUUUGAAAACCUUUUCUGCAUGACGCGUGAGGAGUUUUAUCGCCAACCAAAGUGGAAAAGAAUGGAUAUGAAAAAGAAAGUUAAUUUAUUUUAAGGCAUGCUUGUUGUACUAAUGUUCUAUAAAUUUCAUAAUGUGCAAGUUGUAAAUACGAUUUGUGAAUAGUGAGUUGUGUGUUGCCAAAAUUUCCUAAAAACAAACAAACAAUGCUACAGGUAUUGCAUGUUAAUUGUUCAUUAAUAUACUGCAUGGAUUUUGCGUAUUAAUAAUAAAAUUACGUUACAAAAGUG